ACGCGCCUGCCGGGCGCCUGAGGCGAGAUGCCGGCCGUUCAGAAGACCGUGUCGGAGCUGCGGUCCCGGGUGGAGGGCUAUGAGAAGACAGAUGAUGUUUCAGAGAAGACCUCAUUAGCUGAUCAAGAGGAACUGAGAACUAUAUUCAUCAAUCAACCACAAUUGUCUAAGUUCUGUAGCAACCAUGUCAGCACUGCAAAAUACAACGUUAUCACAUUCCUGCCUAGGUUCCUCUAUUCUCAGUUUAGGAGAGCUGCUAAUGCCUUUUUUCUUUUCAUUGCAUUGCUUCAGCAAAUUCCAGACGUUUCUCCAACAGGACGGUAUACAACAUUGGUUCCUCUCUUGUUUAUUUUAGUUGUAGCAGCGGUCAAAGAAAUAAUAGAAGAUAUUAAAAGACAGAAAGCUGAUAAUGCUGUGAAUAAAAAGGAAGUACAAGUACUGAGAAAUGGAGCUUGGGAGAUUGUACACUGGGAAAAGGUAGAUGUUGGAGAUAUAGUUUUAAUAAAAGGCAAAGAAUAUAUACCUGCUGACAUUGUGCUUCUCUCAUCAAGUGAGCCGCAAGCUAUGUGCUACAUUGAAACAUCAAAUUUAGAUGGCGAAACUAAUUUAAAAAUACGACAGGGCUUACCGCUGACCUCUGAUAUAAAGGACAUUGACAGUUUGGUGAGACUUUCAGGCAAAAUUGAAUGUGAAAGUCCUAAUAGACAUCUCUAUGACUUUGUUGGAAAUAUUAGACUAGACAGUCACGGGACUGUCCCACUGGGGCCUGACCAGAUUCUCCUGCGUGGUGCUCAGCUGAGAAAUACACAGUGGGUUCACGGGAUCGUUGUUUAUACAGGACAUGAUACAAAACUCAUGCAGAACUCAACGAGCCCACCUCUUAAACUGUCAAACGUGGAGAGGAUCACAAAUAUACAAAUUCUGUUCCUGUUCUGCAUUCUUAUUGCCAUGUCUCUGAUCUGUUCCAUUGGGGCCGCUAUAUGGAAUCAAAAACACGAAGGGAGAGACUGGUACAUCAACCUCACCUAUGGAGGAGCUAAUAAUUUUGGACUCAAUUUCCUGACAUUUAUCAUUCUCUUCAAUAAUCUAAUUCCGAUCAGCCUGUUAGUUACACUGGAAGUUGUUAAAUUUAUUCAGGCGUAUUUUAUAAAUUGGGAUAUUGACAUGCAUUAUGAACUUACAGACACUGCUGCCAUGGCACGUACAUCCAAUCUUAAUGAAGAACUUGGCCAGGUCAAAUACAUCUUUUCAGACAAAACAGGCACCUUGACGUGCAACGUUAUGCAAUUCAAGAAGUGCACUAUAGCGGGAAUAUCUUACGGCCAUUCUCCUGAAUCAGAUGAUUUGGGCUGCACUUCGGAUGAGUGGCAGAGUUCACAAGCAGGGGAAGAAAAAACAUUUAGCGACUCGUCGUUACUGGAAAACCUGCAAAAUAAACAUCCAACUGCACCUAUAAUUUGUGAGUUUUUGACAAUGAUGGCAAUUUGUCAUACAGCUGUCCCAGAAAGAGAGGAUGACAGAAUAGUGUAUCAAGCAGCAUCACCAGAUGAAGGAGCAUUAGUCAGAGCAGCUAAGCAACUACAUUUUGUUUUUACGGGAAGAACACCAGACUCUGUCAUUAUAGAAUCACUGGGUCAGGAAGAAAGAUAUGAAUUGCUAAAUGUGUUAGAAUUUACAAGUUCUAGAAAAAGAAUGUCCGUGAUUGUGCGCACGCCAUCGGGAAAAUUAAGACUCUACUCCAAAGGAGCUGACACAGUAAUUUAUGAUCGUCUGGCUGAGAAUUCAAGAUACAAAGAAAUUACCUUGAAACAUUUAGAGCUAUUUGCUACUGAAGGUUUGAGAACCCUCUGUUUUGCUGUGGCUGAGAUUACAGAAAGCGAUUAUCAGGAAUGGCUGAGUGUGUAUCAAAGAGCGGCAACUUCCAUUCAAAACAGAGCCCUGAAACUUGAAGAGAGUUACGAACUAAUUGAAAAAAAUCUCCAGUUACUUGGCGCGACAGCCAUAGAAGAUCGCCUACAGGAUCAAGUGCCUGAAACCAUCGAAACGCUAAUGAAAGCAGAUAUCAGAAUUUGGAUUCUAACUGGAGACAAGCAAGAGACAGCUAUUAACAUUGGACAUUCGUGUAAACUCUUGAAAAAGAACAUGGGGCUAAUUGUCAUAAAUGAAGGCUCCCUUGAUGCAACAAGAGAGACCUUAAGCCAUCACUGCAGCACUCUGGGCGAUGCUUUGAGGAAGGAAAACGAUUUUGCACUCAUCAUUGAUGGAAAAACCUUAAAAUACGCUUUGACAUUUGGCGUAAGGCAGUAUUUCUUGGAUUUGGCCCUGUCCUGCAAAGCUGUCAUUUGUUGCAGAGUUUCACCUCUGCAGAAAUCUGAUAUUGUAGAAAUGGUUAAGAAACAGGUGAAGGUGGUGACAUUGGCCAUUGGUGACGGAGCCAAUGAUGUCAGCAUGAUACAAACGGCACACGUAGGUGUCGGCAUCAGUGGCAACGAAGGGCUCCAAGCUGCCAAUUCUUCAGACUAUUCAAUAGCUCAGUUCAAGUACUUGCAAAAUUUACUUCUGGUCCACGGUGCCUGGAAUUACAGUAGAAUUGCUAAAUGCAUUUUGUAUUGCUUCUACAAGAAUAUUGUCCUUUACAUUAUUGAGAUAUGGUUUGCAUUUGUCAACGGAUUUUCUGGACAGAUCCUGUUUGAAAGAUGGUGCAUAGGGCUUUAUAAUGUGAUGUUUACGGCUCUGCCCCCCUUGACGCUCGGAAUAUUUGAGAGAUCCUGUCAGAAAGAAAAUAUGCUAAAAUAUCCUGAAUUAUACAAGACUUCCCAAAACGCCCUGGAUUUCAAUUCAAAGGUUUUCUGGAUCCAUUGUUUAAAUGGCCUCUUUCAUUCAGUAAUUCUCUUUUGGUUUCCACUAAAAGCCAUCCAGUAUGAUACUGUGUUUGCCAGCGGUAGAACUUCGGACUACUUGCUUUUGGGAAAUGCCGUAUAUACGUUUGUGGUCAUAACUGUGUGCUUAAAAGCUGGAUUGGAGACUUCAUAUUGGACUUUGUUUAGUCAUAUAGCUAUAUGGGGCAGCAUUGUGCUCUGGAUAGUAUUUUUUGGCGUCUAUUCUUCUUUGUGGCCAGUCAUUCCGAUGGCACCGGACAUGUCAGGGGAGGCCGUGAUGUUGUUCAGCUCCGGAAUCUUCUGGAUGGGCUUAUUUAGUAUUCCAGUGACAGCACUGAUAUUUGAUGUAGCAUAUAAAGUAGUGAAGAGGGCAGCAUUUAAAACCUUAGUAGAUGAAGUUCAGGAGUUGGAAGCCAAAUCGCAAGAUCCGGGCGCUGUUCUACAAGGAAAAAGCUUAACGGAAAGAGCUCAGCUCUUGAAAAACGUCUUUAAGAAAAACCACGUCAACUUGUACCGCUCCGAGUCUUUGCAGCAGAAUUUGCUUCACGGGUACGCUUUCUCGCAAGACGAAAACGGGAUCGUCUCGCAGUCGGAAGUCAUCAGAGCGUACGAUACGACGAAGCAGAGGCCCGAGGAAUGGUGAAGGAGAAAGUCCCCCGGCUUUCAGUAUUUGCCAUAUUCCAGCCAAAUUAAUGCGUUAUUUCCCGCGUCUGCCAACAUGGUCCAGUAACAAGAUUAGGGGGAGUUGUAGAUUGGUUAAACUCUUGUUCCUUGAAAGUUCGCGUAUUGAGUAGACGUAAGCACUGUGCAACUAUACUCUUUAACACACCAUCCCUCAGCAUUUUCCAAAAACGACUCGGAUUUUGUAAGCAGACACUGAGAAUUAACCUGCAGCCUUUUCAAACAGCUUAUUUACAGUAAAGAUGAGUACUGUUCCUGGGUGUAGAUACACAGAGAGAGAGAGAGAGAGAGAGAGGGAGGGGUAAAUAUUCAAUAUAUGUUGAGAUUGAUCAACAUAGGCUAUACAUUGAGAAGCCGAGCCUUUGCCAAGGCGUAUAGGUGGCGAAAUUAAAUAAUGAGCCUUUGAUUUCCACAAGUGCUAAAGAACCAUUUUAAUUACCUUAAUUCAUGUGACAAAGAAAGAUUGCAAAGCAAGAUACUUCAGAAGGAAUGAGCUUGUUUGCCAAAGAAAUUCCAUAGGUGUCAUCCUAGUCCUCCUGUGUGUUAGCAACGGUGUCCGACGUCAGAAUUGCAUGUUUGAUACUCUGUACUUGAAAAGUUUUACAAUAAUACGAAAACUGAUAGGGUUUGGUUUCGAUGCGUUUAAUUUCGGAUCGGUGGUUUUUUUUUCCUUUCACCUUUGGCCUUACAGAUGCCUUUCUUUUUGCGUUCGCGCUCUCGUCACAGAAUGUGUACAUUCGACACACAGCGUUCGUUUUCUCUUUGUCAGGAGUGUGUGUCCUUGAGACUUGUUAACCCGCUUAAGAGUCCCAAUGUGGUGACAUUUGUCUGCGCGAUUCAUAUGUUCCUUUGCCGCCCUCCCCAUGCAUGUCA